AUGAUCUGUACUUCGGGAUGCCUGACCGUGGUCAUUCUUGUGGGCUUGACGUCGGGAAUUGCAAAAGCUAUGCAGCUUGGCGGCCCUGGCGCGUCGGCGUCGCCCCCAGCCUCGAGAAAGGGCAACAGUUCAUGGUUGCUCGGGAUCCGCACGCAUGGUGCCGUUGUGUGCAGCGUGGCGGAUGACUGCAUUGUCGGCUCUGGCUUGGGUCAUUGCAGUGUGCAGGUGGAUCCAGCUAUGAAGAUGCAGUUGGGCAGCACCGACGCGGGAGCAGUCCAUAACAGCUCGGUGCAGUACAACAACGAAUCGGAAAUCACCAUCACGGGGCAUGCACCUUCCUCGCGCUGGAGCCUCUGCCGGGCGACCAAAGAUGCCGAGGAAGAGGACCCCCCUAUCGCGCACCCAAGCAUGGAUGAGGUCUGUUACGAGGUCGACGGCCUCCCCGGCCUCUGUUUCCUAUGGGCCUCCCCGUGCUCUGGCGGAUGUUCUUCACUCCGUCCAUUCAUCGAGUACUACUCGAUCUGCCCGGGGAUGCGCUACGCCUCUGCACAGGAGUGGUCGAUUGCUCUGCCUGACUUGAACGCCCACAGGAAAGACUUCUACACCAAAUGCGCAGUUGGACUUCUCGAUCCAUGGUGGCACCACUGCGACUACGCGAACGCCUUCGUGCGUCAGCCGGAUGACGGCUGGAACGAGCUGGUCCUGGUAUGCGACACUUCGAUCCCCGCGAUUCCGGGGUUCACCUCGUGGGGCACCGGAGGGCCGACUGGGACCAUGUCGGCGACCGGGGGUCCCGCGCCGACGCCGAUGCCGCUUCCCCCGCCUCCUGGUCCGGGGCUUGUCCCGUGUGGUCUGACGGGCGGCUACAGCUCAUGGCCAGAGGACGCAACAUGCGCGAGUUGGAUCCAAGGGGCGGCCCAAGGGGGAGGCGCUAAUGUUUAUGUUGGUACUGUCGACACGUGCCAUCAUUGCAUACUGGCGGUCUUGACAGCUUACCCGUCCGCCAAGGGGGCCACGUUUCGAACUCCUGGUUUGACCUCGCAGGCUGGGGAGUGCUACGCCGAGGACGGGUGGUUGUACCCAGACGGCAAUCCAAGCUGGAUUACCAUCCCCGUCAUUGCAUCCUUGCAGUACUACACCGAUCUUGCGUCGGACCCCUGCAACCCAGCCUUCAACCUGACCAUGAAGCCGACUCCCGCUCCGACUCCCGCGCCGACUCCCAGCCCUCCGACGCCCAGUCCGACGGUUCCCGCGGCUCCGCCGACUGGGGGAGGGGGGAGUUCGAUCUCGGCGGUUGGGGAUCCGCACUUGCAGAACAUCUAUGGUGAGCGGUUCGACCUGAUGAGGCCUGGUAAGCACGUUCUGAUCAAUAUUCCUCGUGGGGCGCUCGCCGAGAACGCGCUGCUUCAGGUAGAGGCCGAUGCACAGAACAUGGGUGCACGAUGCGCAGACAUGUAUUUCCAAGAACUGAACAUCACGGGGGCGUGGGUGCAGGGGACGAAGCAGGACGGGGGUCUCCGCUUCCGAGCGCAGGACGUGGUCGACGGAUCGAUGAAGUGGGAGCAGUUCGGGAAGGUGGAGCUGAAGGUUGUCCAUGGACGCACAAAGCAAGGCACCCAGUAUCUGAAUCUAUACGCCAAGCGCCUUGAUCGUACUGGGCUUGCCGUCGGUGGGUUGCUGGGCGAAGAUGACCACUCGGAGGCAGCACUGCCCCCGAGGGGAUGCGCGCAGACCCUAUCCCUCAUCCAGGGCAAGCUUCCCUUCACUCGGCAGAGGCAGGCCUCCUCGGUCGAGGCCGUCUCCGCGUAG